CUUAUCAAGCUUACAAAAAUGGAUGAUAGCCAUUUCAAUGCAGGCAACAACUUCAACAUGUUCCAAUCCGAUUUCAUACCCGAAACCGAUUUAGAAAGCCUCAUUUCGGCCAUUCGUGGCGAAACUACAGAUCCAAUUCAAAGUUUCUGUUUAGCCUAUGAAGGCAAUCACUUUACCAGCUCUUGUAUGGAGCUGCCACACGUGCAGCCGCCGUAUAGCCACAAUGAUGAUGUUGUGAUUGCUGCGGGUGCUGACUUUGGUGGUUAUGAUCAUAUGAUGGAUGGUCUGAUUUGGAACCAGGAAAUGGAGGAUAUGAAGGUUUUUGGCGAUGAUGAUGAUUCGUCUGAGACUGCGACAACUGGUAAACCAGAAACCACAAAACGAACCAGUGGUAGCGCAAAGGGUGAUCGGACAAGGACUUUGAUUUCUGAGCGGAAGAGGAGAAGCGGAAUGAAGGAGAAGCUCUAUGCGUUACGUUCGUUAGUACCCAAUAUCACCAAGAUGGAUAAAGCUUCGAUUGUUGGAGAUGCAGCACGAUACAUUCAAGAUCUUCAAACACAAUCGAGAAACUUAAGGGCUGAGAUUGCAACAAUUGAAGCAACUAAAACCCUAAAAGCGACAUCAUCCCAGAAUCCGAAUAAGGUUCAUGUUUCAAACCAUUUUCCGACAUUGAAGAAGAUAUCAAAGUUGGACAUGUUUCAAGUUGAGGAGAAAGGAUACUAUGUAAGACUCGUUUGCAACAAAGGACGAGGUGUUGCGGCUUCACUUCAUCGAGCACUCGAGUCAAUCACGAGCUUUCAGGUCCAAAGUUCGAAUUUAUCUACUGUUGAUGACGAUUUUGUCUUGGCAUUCACGUUAAAUGUUAUGGCAUGCGGAUUUGACAUAAACUUGCCAAAUUUGAAGCUAUGGCUUUCAAGUGUUUUCAUCAACCAAGGUUUCGAAUUCAACACAUUUCAAUCACCCUGAAUCCAUUCAAGGCACGUUGAUGUGACAUUUUUAAACACUCACACGCAUAAGCAUCAUGAGUUCUUUUUGAGCAUAUGUUGCAAUAAAAAUGUAUUUAUGUCUCACUAACGACAUGUAACUUUUGUUUACUAGUGAUGGUUUACGGAUGUUGUAAUAAAACUAAUAGCAUUCGUAUAUUAGGCAUGAUUAUAUUGUGUUUAUUGUAAAUAUCCUAUGUCCAUAUUUAGCCUAUAUCUUUGUAUUAUAUAUUGUGAAGGGUAUCAAUGAAAGGAUUACGGUUCAUAUUG